AUGAAUUCAUUUGUUAAAAUAUUUUUUCUUAAUUCUAUUGUUUACCAAAAUUGUAUAACUGAUGAUGAAUAGGAUUGCAAAUAUACAGAUUUUUCAGUUGUUGGAUCAAGUGGUUCAACUUUAGCCAGAUGUGGCUCAGGUCCUAAAAGUUUGUAUAUGGGACCAUAUGGUUUAAAAACAUCAGUAACUUUGACUAUUACAAAUUUUCCUCCAAAUAACUAAAUGGAACUUUAGAUUGGGAUAUGGAAAAUAGAUUCUUGGGAUGGAGAAGUUUUUGAGAUUUAUGCAAAUGAUAUUCAAAUCGAUAGUAUAAUUUAAAUAGCCUCUCUUGGUGUUAGCACAUGCAGAAAUUUAUGGGAAGAUAUUUGUUAAUCUUUUUCAGUUAAAUGUUAAAUGAAUGGAACUGAUUUAACAAUAAAAUUAAAAGAUAAUUUCGACCAAAGUUUAUGGGAUGGUAUAUUUUGAAUAAAAAUUAAAGAAUCUUGGGGAUUUAGAGAUUUUAUUUUGAAACUUUCUGUUCCUUGUGUUAAUUUUUAUAGCGAAUGUAAUUAUUCUGGAAAAUUAUUUUAAAUAUGUAAAGGAGAGUAAACUAAAAGAGUAACCAGAAUACCUUAUGAAAUAAAAUCGGUUCUUAUGGCUCCUAAUAUUAUAGUUAAAAUAAAAGAUCCAAACUACUAUGGAGGAGUAUUAUAGUAGUUUAGUACUUCAUAAUCUUGUAUAGAAAGCUAUAAAAUAUUAUAUAAUAAUAAAAAUUAGUUUCCAAAAUAUAUCCCGUCAUCAUGA